UACUCUGAAUCAUCUGGUCUUCCAUCACAUAAACUUAUCCUUAAAAUUGGAGCACCUAUAAUGUUACUAAGAAAUCUUAACCCACCUAAAUUGUGUAAUGGAACUAGAUUGCAAGUUAAAUCUCUGCACAAAAAUGUAAUAGAAGCUAUAGUUAUCACUGGGUGUGCUAGAGGAGAUAUAGUUUUAAUCCCGAGAAUAACGUUAAUCCCAACUGAUUAUCCCUUUGAGUUUAAAAGAAUACAAUUCCCACUCAAAGUUUGCUUUGCUAUGACUAUUAAUAAGUCUCAAGGACAAUCAUUGAGCAUGGCAGGGAUUGACUUAAGAGAAGAAUGUUUUUCACAUGGACAGUUCUAUGUCGCAUGUUCUAGAGUUAGCUCUGCCAGUAGUUUGGUUAUUUUAGCACCAAAAGGCAGUACCAAAAAUACUGUUUAUAAAGAGGUAUUGAGAUGAACAAAAUAUGUCAAUAUAAAUAUUGGUGGAUUUUUAUAAAACCAUAAUGUAUAUAAUAAUUUUACAAUAAUAAUAAGAAGUAAAAAUAGUAAU